AUUACUUUUAUUUAAACCAUCUGGAGGUAGGUUGUGCGUCUUCUGAAGCCGUAUAUGGUAGUCUGAAAGUGGGGUAAGGUGAGAUUUUCCGUCUACCGAGGAUCAGUUUUCGAAUCUAGGAUGAAUAAAUUACAUGCGGAUGCUUCAUUUAACGUGAUGUACAAUGGUUUCUACGUCUUGUGCGUGGAUAUUUAAUGCAUAAUAAGUGCUUUUGCAGUGUUGUAUUGCUCUUCAAACGCCUGCGGUAGUGUGAUUUGACGGAACUUUACAAGCAUGCUGCAAAAGCUGAUUUCCACUCCCCCAUGUCACAAAAUGGAGGUCGGAAUCCCCUUGUACGGCUUGCUGUUAGUUGUUUGGAUUUGUGUGACUUUGGCAAUGAUACGAGGAUAGAAAUAUGAUUUAAUUUAACAAGGGUCGUGUAUUAAACCUUUAUAUUUGUGCUUCGAGUGGUAUUUAUUUGCGUUCCGUGGCGGAAUCAUAUGUGUCGGUCGUACGUCGGCAGGGCAAUAUUUGAGCCAUCGUAUUUUGUUUGGUGUUUAGAUUUAGUGAACAACGUAGGAUUAAGAAAACUGAUGAUGAUGUAUUAAAGUAGUUUAUUUAUAGUGGAUUUUCGAAUUGUCAGAUUGUGUGUCACAAACUUGAAGAAAUGCAGAUAGUGUGUGUUAACGAAUCGCCUGUAAAAUGUGUCAAUAUCAGCACAAAACAGUAAGACUUUUUAUUACGUGCACAUUAUCACGUACUGCAAAAGGUGAAAGAAAUGGAUGAUUUACAGCACAUGAAACUCACACUAAUCUAGAACUUCGUUGAAGCCAAUGUAAACUGAAAAUAUGGUUUUUUAGCCCUGUGCCCCGUUGUGGGGCUGUGAGGAUAGGGAGGGUUACCAAAAGCAGGAGCAUGUGAGUCUGAUUGGCAGAGAUGGCUGCAGAUAGCGAUGGUGAUCUAAUUGAGACAGUUGUGACAUGUGAAGGAGACCUCAAAGAUCCUUAUUUCCCUGAGAAGUUCAAGCUCAUAGUGCAGCGUUUACGUGUGCUGUUGUGUGAAGGAAAAGCAGAGUCCCUUCGAGUAUCAAAGGUGGAGCCAUGGAACUCUGUGCGUGUUACAUUCACAAUUCCAAGGGAAGCAGCACUUCGUCUGAGGCAGCUCGCACAGCAGGGGGAUCAAGCUCUUACACAGCUUGGUAUACUGUCGGUGCAGGUCGAAGGAGACCAGGUAAUAUCAUUGAGGAUUGCCAGUCGUUUUGGAGGAGAGAGUCAAGAAAUUGUCCUUCAGACAGCUCCAGGGAAUGCAGACGAACAGGUUUCCCUGCAGCAACCAGUACCAUCAACAUCUGGAAUAUCAAGUGCAAGCUGUCCUGACACAGCAGCUGUGGCAGCUGCAGGACUAGCACGUGGUGUUGUGCAUCUACUGCAGCAAGCAGUAGCAUCAAAAUCGGAACCACCUCCUGCAACCACAUUUCGCAGUCCAAAUGUUGUUGCACCUACAGACGGAGACCCUAUACCACCAUUUCCCCAGCCGAGACGAUCGCCUGGCAUCUCGGGAACACCACCUGGAACAGCCUCCUUGACAGCAGCUUCGUCUGCACCAGCAGGUGGCACAGUACCUGCAGGUCCUGCUCCUGCUUAUCCAGGCCCCUUUCCAUUUGCCAGUAUGACUCACGCAGCACAUGCUGCUGUGCGUGACCAGCCUUUUGUUUCAUCUGCUGCAGUUCCUGCCCCAGCUGCAGCACACCAUAAUUUUGCAACACCACCUCCACCUCCAUAUCCAGGUUCCCAAACCCAGCCUCAACAACAGCAAGCUGUGUACAAGACAACAUCAGGACCUGCAGGUCUCAGGCAGCCGCCUAACUGUCAGGUUCCUGGUACUGCACCUGUGACUGCUGCCAAUGUGGCUCUGUCGAGUCCAUUGCUCGUCAACUUGUUGCAGAACGAUGGCAGUGGAGGCCCACCUGCCAAAAUGCCUCCACCAGUGUUGGCCGAUAGGCAGGCCAGAGCUCGUGCAGCUCUGGUUGUUCAACAGCAACAGCAGCAACAGUUACAUACUGCUGUUCGGCGAAAGUCUGACGGUUCCCUCAUUUCUGUGCCUUCGGAGGUCCCAGCAUCUCCAGCCCCGCCGGGAAAACUCGCCCAUCACCCUCGUUCUGCCUUUGCGGGUGUUCCGGCAUCACCUCCAGCUGACGGUCCUGUCUCCCAUCCACUUCCUUCUGGUCAUUCUCGUCUGCAACAGGCACCACCUGUGUCAGGCACUUCACUUCAACAGAACCAGCAACCAGUGCCUCAACAAUCUGCACAGCAACAGCAGCAGAAAACGUAUAGUGGGUCCCUACACACCCUUCAGGCUCCCCGUGCCCAGCAACGACCUUUGCCCGCUCCCAGUCCUGCACCUCCUCGCCCUCAGGGAUCUUCAUUUCAGCAGCAACAGAAUUCACUACCAACAAAUCCCCCACCAUAUCCUCGCACUGCUCAACCGGUCAUCCGACCUCAACAGCAGCGUGUCAACCAAAUCCCAGCGAAAGAAUCAGCAAGUCAGUUGCGACCACAGAAGAUGCCAGGCGCAGAUUUUCAAAGAUUUGCAGAUAUGAGACCAGCUGUGCCUGAAGCUUCGAAAGCUCGACAUAGUGCUCCCAGUCAGUGGCCACGAGGGUCAGCUCCACCUUACAGUUACCGGAUUUCCACUGAAUCCAGGCCAAGGCCAGCCAUGUCACCGCCAGUUUCUCCACCAUCAGCACCUGAACCACCAGCGUCACCUCCAUCAGAACUAACAUCAUCUGGGAAGAAACGUCAGUUCCUCAUUAAUCCACUGACAGGUCACUUAGAGCCAGUAGCAAGUGACAGUGGCUCAGACGGUGAGACAGAGGCAUCUACAGCAGCUGCAGACGACCCAUUCUUCUGCUUUCCAUCUCCUCUCAAUGAUCGGUCCAACUCUGUGUUUUCGGAUGAUGAUGAUGAUGUGAGCAGUACAGUAUCACGGAGAGCUGACACAACUACUACUGAUCAGUCAGACUCAGAAGCUACUGUUCGUUCCACUGGCAGUGAAUCAUCCAUGCCAUCUAGGCAUCCACGUUCCAAGGUAUCACGGGAUUCUGCUCAAAGCCCUGCACCGGGAGAGUCAAUCAGGCUACGCCUAAAACUUGAGAAGAGUGAACCUGCUUACAAGGUAGACGUCUCAUUUGUCAAUGUACCCCCAGCCCGAAAAGCAGCCGAGGUGAGGGCUGCACACACUCAGCAAGGGCGACUUUUUGGAGCACAAGGAGGACAAGCAGCUAGUGGGCAGACUAGUGAAGAGCCUCGUGUACCCCCUCUCCACAUAUCACUUAGAGGUCGAAAUGCUGCUGUUGUUGUAGGCUCCCGCAAGGACAGAAAGUGGCAGGGCAGUACCAACAAGGAUGUGAUAAGUGGACCACAUGGCUCAUCACAGACUGCCUCCAGUGUUGCUUCUGGAAAACGUUCGUCUUCAUCCUCUUCUGGCAAAUUAAAGUGUUCCUCUUCAAAAGUACGUGAUGCUUUGUCAGCAGAUGGCACAGGAUCGGCUUUAAAAUUCAAGAAAGUGGUUGGGGUUCCAGAUGGUAUGAAUCAAGUGAGUAGCCCACCGGUAGUUAAAAUCAAGAAGCCUGGGUUAUCAGUUCCAAGCGAAAAUGCCAACCAUGUGUCACCGUCUUCAAUUAUGAGGAUAAAGAAGCCAAGCACUAGUAGUCUAAGUAGUUUGGAGAACACAUCUGUUCCAACUGCUUCUCCUCUGGUGCGACUAAAGAAACCAGGAACCUUGUCUGCCACUGUACCAGAUGGCUUGAAUGCACCUGGUUCAGUAAUGAGGAUCAAGAAGGCUCAAGAAAGUGCCGAAAUUUUAGACGGACAUGCACCAACUUCACCAGGUCCUUUUGUACGCAUCAAGAAACCCCCAAAUUCAAGUGCUAUCUCGUGUACAUAUUCUCCUUCUACAUCACCUGCACUCAGUAGCAAACUUUCAACAAAAACUUAUUCAAAAUGUGAUAUAUCAAAACGGGAUACUACUGGUAAUUUCUUAAAUGACAGGACAGCUGCAAGUGUCGGUGGCAGUGAUCUCGCAGGCAAAGUGAAAGUGAAGUGCAAAGAACGACGGAAUGAACAUGAUGUUGAAGAUGUACCAUUGAAAGCGCGAUUGAAAGAACAAGAUGGUUCUCCAAGUGUAGAUGUUGGUGUAGUGAGGAAGUCUCCUGCAUUUUCCCCCGAUCCUGCCGAAACCGGACCAGGUCGGCCUGAACCUUCACCACACAAGUUGAAACGCAAGGAGUCACGUAAGAAAUCGCAUCAUGCAUUGGAGAGGGAUCGAGACAAGGAAAGGGACAGGGAUCGUGAUCGUGAUGUGGAGUCACUUCCAAGUGGAAAGUGGCACACAGCAGUUGAAGAAUUGCGGCGGACAUCUCGAAUCCCAGUGCCUGAGGUAGAAAAUGGUGUUUCACAAAGCCUCAGGCACAGUGCAGAUGACAGGGAACUCGGAUUCACAGAGUCUCAGGGUAUUGCAUCUUCUGUGAAACCAAAGCUGCGCCCUACUUUAACUGUGUCUGAAAGUCACGGACAUUCUCAGGAGACUUUCAACAGUGGGGUAGUAAGACAGAACUCUCCAGUGUCAUCAAGUGCAAAACAAGUGGGCAGUGAUUCUGUGAUACUUAGUGAUAAGCGUGGUACUGUCCCCCGCAAGGGAGAAGAACUGCUUACUUCAGGCAAGUCGAGUCCCACAGGUAGGCUUACAGUCACAGGAAAGAUCUCAAAUGAUGUCCAUCGCAAACAGAGUGCUGUGCAUAGUGCCAUAAAGCAGGAGAGAACUCGGUUUGUUGAGAAUUAUCUCCAGCAGAAUCCUCUAGUUGCUAACUGCUUAAAGAAGCAGCAUCGUGACCUUCCAAACUGUGAUUCUAAACGCAGCUUAUCUAUCAAAAAACCUGCUGCAGAUAGGUCAGGCACAGAAGAAAGGAACAAUGUAAUGAGAAGUGUAGUGACUGUCAAUAGGGUGCAGAUAGAUGCCAAACAAGAGAAUGAAAUGAACCCCAGUAUUCCCCCCAAAAUUGCUACAACUCUUCCUGUCGGGGAGUUAGAUGUAUCGGAGGCCAAAGUGAAACAGAGGUUGCUCGAAGAUGACCCUCUACCCCUUCCGAGAAAGCGGCCUCGGACAGACACAGUUCUCACAGUGGUGUUGCCAGCUGUAAAAGAAGACAAAAAAGAUAGUGAUGUGUCUGUGGCUUCAAGAACUGCUUCUGCAGACAGUGAUGACGGUCCACCUGUAGAUCCAAGUAGUGAGCGACAGUGCAGUGUGACACCGACGGAUGGAAGUGUGAGUCGUGUGAGUGGUGCUGACAGCCCUGCAGGUCCAGGGGUGCCAGGGGAACAGGGAAACACUCAAGGUGAGGACUCUGGUAUAGAAUCAAUGGACGCAUUAUCAGAAAAAAGUCCAAACCAAGGUGAAAGCCCAUGUCGUAAGGAAGAGAAGGAUGGUGAGCAACAGCCAUGUGCUCGCAACGAUAGCAGUAAAAAGUGUUCCAUACAACAGGUUUCUGUAGAUUCUGUCACCACGAUUACAGAAACACCUGUGGUCGAAAGGCGAGAUGAUGGGUGUUCUGAACAAUAUCUUUCCCAAAAUGAUAGUCAUAGUACCUGUACAAAUACAGAAGCUGAAAACAGGGUUUCAGAGAAUCCAGUUGUAAGUCUUGAUUCUACAAGCCCUGCACACAGCCCAGUGCCCCAAGAUAGUUCAUUGACUGAUUCGUCUUUCUCUGGGUCCAACACUGCCUCACAAAAUCAGGGAAACUUUACACCUGUGGUAGAUAGCAUAAAAUCCCCAGAGUCACAAAAGGAGCAGCAGACUUGCAGGUCAGGUAUGCCUUCCGCUCAAGUUGAAAAUAAAGAUCCAGAUGAUGCGGAUUUGUCUUUAGCUUUGGGAGAAAGUGACAACUCCAAACAAGAAGAUGCAGGCAGUUCUACUGUUUUACCAACAGAUCACCAGUUAGAGCCAUCCAGUGGUGCAGAAGGAGAAUUAGGGAGUGAUAAGACUGUAGUUACAACUGAUGCGGAAAGUUCAGUGGCAGUUUCUUCAGACGACAUUGGAGUACCAUCCAGGAUGUCUGCAUCUCCCACACGAGUGCCUGAUCCAAUAUGUUCCCCAACGCCUGGUGAUCCACAACCUGUGCGCACCACGCCUCCCUUGUACACAUAUUCAAAUCCAGAAAAACAUCGUGAAGACACCCCAUCACCAGCAGCACUGGGACCAGAUGAAGAGGAGGAUCCAGACGGUCCGCCAGUACCACGGAGAAGGAAGCGCCGACCUAAUUUACCUGAUGACAACGAUGUUGAUCCUUCACCAGAGGAAAGUCAGGUUCCUGCACCCAUUCGUGGAAAAUCGUUAUUGGAACAACUUCUUGUCGAAAUUCCAGGAGAGGGUGCGAGUGGUGAAGGAUUAAGUUCAAUUUCAACGGCUGCAAGUCGAAGGGGCCCAGGCACACGUAGUGCAAGACUAAGCAGACCACCUCCAAAUGCUGCUGCGAGUCCUGGUUCUGGACGUACUGCAAACCUCGGGAAAAGGCGGCGCAACGGAUCGGAGAGUGCUGCUGAGGAACCACAACCACGUCCUGGAAAACGAAAAUGUUCUGAAAAUGCUGCUGAGCUCAUUAAAGCAUGCAUGGGUUUAGAGGACAUUCCCAGCAAGAGACCAUCUGCCAGCCUUGGUCCGUCUCACCUGUCCGUGCCUGACCAGAUGCAGAUCCGCAGGACUUCUGGCAAACCUCAUCGGAGGGCUGACGUGGAAUCUUCAGACGAUGAACCACUCAUUGAAAUUGCUGGCAAGGGUCGAGCGCGAAGUGCCUCUGAGGAGAGGGCAUCUCCGAAGCUGAAAAACAGAAUAAAUAAUAAGACUCAGGAUGAGGAUAACAGAAGCACCGCGGGACUGCAAGUACGAACAAACAACCGCCUUGUGAACUCGAGAUCCUCCCCUGGUGGAUCAGGACUGGGGACUGUGGCUCCAAGUUCGAAAGACGCUGUACGGCGCACUGGAGCCACAGGGACAGGGGAGGAUACACCUCGGAGAUCUGUACGCCAGACACUUGGAAUGUCAGGAAGAACACCAGCACGAGCUUCACCUCCUCCCACUAGGCUUGCCACCACGGUGUCUGUUGCUACAGCUGCCUGCACUUCAACAGCUUCUGUGACAACUACUACCACCGCACCUACUGUGGCAAGCACUGCAGCUAAAUCGGUUAUUCGUCAGGUGCAGACUGGCAGCAGUAAUGCUGGUAUUGCAACUAAUAGUGGAAGUAACACCGGUGAAGAACUUAGCCGUAGGAAAACGAGAAGUGGAGCAGCUGCCAGCCCAGUUUCUGAGUCGGAGAUGAUGCUGAGUAAGAGGAGGAGAUCUUCAAGAGAUGGAAAAUGAUUGCUGGAGUUUGACAGUGACACAGAUACGGACUGACAUUAAAUCUGUGGCUGUAAAACAGUUACUUUUGAAGGAUAUUUGCUUUUUAGUGGCAGAAAAAUUUGCAUGAAUGGAUUUUAUAAUAUCAAAAACAGCAUCUUGUACCAAUUGCCUUAUACCUUGUGUGUUAAAUUUUUUAAAGGAAGUGCAUUACUUACAAAGAAUUAUUCGUGUUACGGACUAUUGCUUGAAAUGAGCUAAUUCUUGUUAAACUUGUGAAAAGAAAAUAGCUUUGAAAAAGUUAUUAAGAACACUAUUUUUAUCCAAUGGUAUCUUCAUCCAAAUGUUUUCAUAUAAAUGUAUAGUCUUGUACGCAGUUAACAGCAGUGACUGUUCCAUACAUUAAUGCCAUGUUGACAGUUGUAAUCGGCCAGUGUGCUACAUGAAUUAGUUAUUUUUUCCCUUCCUUUCAAAUUAUUUUUUGGUUCAUUGUAAUUCAGAGGACUCUAAAAAGUAAUCACAAUAUUAAUUCAAGAUGAAGUUAAAGUGCUUAAGAUUUUUAAAAUGUUUUUAAUAUACCAAUAGCAUUGCUUCUUUGAGAAGUGUGACCUUUGUCAAAAUGGCAAAAAUUAAUUUGCUUUGCAGAUUUUGUAUUCAGGUUAUGUACAGAUUUUUUUGCAGAACUGUAAAAUAAUUUUAGAUGUUCAUCUGCAUUAACUUUUAGUCCUGAGGUUGUGCCAAUAUGUGCAGCGUUACCAUUUUAAGAGUUCUUUAAUAUUCAUGUUUUUAUGAAGUUGAUUUUGGGAUGAACUGUAAUUACAAAUUUCGUUUUUGAAAUUGUUUCUUGACGUUUCGAUGUGUAGAACUAACUUUUGCCCCCUCCCCCUCCCCCUAAAAGAUGGGACAUGUUUUUCACAUGGACAGAUUUGGUAUGUUUUCUUGCUUCUUUAGUUUCUUUUCUUCUUCAGUUCUGUAACUUCAGCAUGUUUUGACUUUUUUCUUUCUACAUGUUGAUUCUGUAUUGUGCAGUGGUGAGGGUACAGUUUUCUCCUAGUUUACCACUUUAUUUGAUGACCAUCAUUGUUUUUUCUUUGGAAUGCUGUUUCUGAUAUUUUUAAUCCUACCUAAAUUUAAAGUCAGUGCUGAUAAGUAAUCAAAGAAGGAAUCUACAGGUAUAUAGCUUCUUACAUUAGUUCCUCUUAAAAUAAAAAAUUGUGGUAGUUUUAUGAGUGCAGACCUUCAAUUUUACAUUAUGAAAAUGCAUAUCACCUGACAGAUUUUAUUCCGCUUUCUUCGGUUUCUUUUAUUUUCUUAACAUUUAUACUAUUAGUAAUAGAGUUAGUGGCUUGUGUUAUUAUGGUGGGGAUAUGAUUAUUUUGGCCAGUACAACAUUCACAAACUUUAAAUAAAACUAAAUAGAUAUAUAUAUAUUACAUACAUAUAUAUUGUAUACAUGUGAACUGAUGCUAAAAAAGGAGAUAUUUUCUCUGAAUAUAUAUAUGCAAGAUGUUAAAUAGUUUUCCGCAGAGUAAUGUUUGUGCGGUGACAUUUUGCUUUUGUGAUAAGACUUUUGUACUGUAAAAUGCGUACACAUGUUGUAUAAUAUAUACAAGCAUACAUAAAUCCACACAUACAGAUAAUUUUAUUUACUUUGACAUUUGUUGUUGAUAUGGCUGUUAGGAAGUUUUGCAAGCAAUUAACUUAUAGAAUGUAUGUUGGUAUGUUUGAGUGUAUUUGCGCAUUAAAAUAUAUGUAUAUGGAUGAAGCUAUUUGUAUAUUCGGCUGUAAAAAUUGUGUAUUUUAAUUAUUUUUAGCGAUCUUAUCUCUUCUAUUUGUGGUGUUUUUCAUUUAUUCAGAUAUUGUCUGCUUGAAUAUACUUUUCAAAUUAUUUUGGACAGUGAAAACUUUUUGCUGUUGCUUUUAAAAUGGCGAGGCAUGUUUUAAGGGUAUAUUGAACAAAUGGAAACAAUAUAAUAUUUUUAUGUACACCUUGUUUGAGCAAUGCAAAGUAAGUAACUGAUUGCUGAAUUUGUAAAUGUCAUGAGCACAUAGCCCAUGAUCUGCUUCAGAGCAGUUUACAAGUCUUCUAGUUUCAUACCUUUUAUAUGAGUCUUUGUGUGUUGUGAGCUGUGUAGGUGCAUGAAGGAACUUGGAGACUUUCUGGGUUUGAGCUAGGAUAGCUGACAAAGGAUUAAUAUUGUUAGUGUGAGAGAGAGAGAGAGAGAGAGAGAGAGAGAGAGAGAGAGAGAGAGAGAGAGAGAGAGAGCAUAUGUAGCUGUAAAUCAAGAGUGAAUGAAAUUGUAAUUGAAUUUCUACACACCUUAGUGUGGGGACAAAUUCCUGUCUCACUUUUACAUGAAUGUGCUUUAAAUCAGCUUGGUAGCAUAUUGGGAAAGAAAACAAUAUUUUUCAGCAGCUAUCCUUGUUCUUUGCCCAGAACUUCCAUUGUAUAUUUAAUUUUAGAAGGAAAAAACAGUCUGAUUUAAUCUGUUUUAUUUGUCUAGUUGAUUUGACGUGCAAUCUACUUAGAGUAUGUUAUUGUUCUUGAUACUUUCAUGCUAUCUGUACAAAGCUAUCUGUAUUUAUUUGUAAAGAAAGUUACUGGCAAAUUUAGUUUUGUUGUUCUUGUGAUCGUGAUUGUUUUGUUGAUGCUGUGAUUAUAAUAUCUGAUGACUUUGAUUGUACAGUUUGUUGUUACAUAUUUUGUAGUAGUCAUCAGUUGAUGGAAGCACCCUUCAAUCCUCACUUGUGGACCACAGUGUGUAACAAAUGUAUGUUGUUAUAUUUACAUUUCUAUGGAGGAAAAAUAAAUUGUGAUACAUAGUUAACACAUGUAAAUUAGUUACUUGUCUUGCGUUCGGAACAAGGGAUUCACUAUUCAUCACUGUUCUGUCUCAGUGAAUUCAUCCCACUUGUUUGUUGGACAUUUUUAUGAGUGUUGAGAGUUAUAAAUAAUAUAUAUAAUAUAUAUGAGAACUGUACAAAGAAAAUAAAAUUUGCGAUAAGUAACAGACACCUGUAAAUAACGGAAGUUUUCUAUGAAAAAGAAGCGAACUUUACAUAUGUAAUUAGUGACUUGUGCGGUUUAUAAAUUUUAUUAUUAAUAUAUAUUAUUAUGAAAAAUACAAUGAUAAAUAUCUGAGUAAAUUCAUAAAAAAACUAGCCAACUUUACAUGUUUUAUUAUAUUUCUUUGGAUAAAAUUAGUAUAGUCAUUAAAUGCCCACCUCAGAGUUGUGAUAGAUUUUUCAAACUACAUCUGUUUGAGUAUUUGUAUAUUUUGAGAAACAUACAUUUAUGUGAUGGAUACAUCUCAUGACCCUUAUUUCCAAGAAAUAUUGGGGAUGGGUGCAUUUUUAAUUUUUGGUCUUCUGUGUGUCCUUGGAGUAAUUGCUGCAUGUGUGUUAUUUUUUUGUUUCAGAAACUUUUAAGUCAUUGUUCUGUUGCUGUCAUUUCAGUUGUCAUAACACUGUAUAUCUCUAUAUAUAUAUAUUAUAUAUAUAGUCUUGUGAAAUAAUAUGUACAUAAUGUUGUAAAUAAUUAAGUGAAGCUAGUUUCAAAAGAUAAAAGCAAAAAUUAUGUAUAUUGUACAGAGAGAAAGUGCUCUAUAGGUUUAUUUGUAUUUUAGUACAUACGAACAUUGUCAUUAUUACUCUUGUAGCGUGGAGUCCAAAAGAAAUAAUUUAAACUAUAAAAAAUACAAAAGAUGGUGGCGAUUGUUGUACCUCAUUGUAGCUUAUAGUUCUCUGUUAAUAGAAAGAUGAAAUUGUGUUAUUCCUA